AUGAAAUCAAAAAAAAAAGGUAUGUUACAUAAAAAGUUAAAAAACCAAAAGGGUGUUAAAGAAUUUUCUUAUGGCUCUUUUAAAUAUAAAAUCGCUAAAAUUUACGCGAAAGAAAAACAAAUUUUAAAGAAAAUUCAAGAUGAAAAGCUAUCACCAGAAGGUUUUUUGGAAGAAAAAGGAAACACCCUAAAAAAAGAUAAGCAAUUGUGUUCAGUUAUCAAUAAUGAUAUUUCUAACGAUUUUAAGAAUGCGAAGGAAUUAAUUUUACAAAAUGGAGGAAAAGGUCUUGGAAAUCAUGAUAAUGACGAAUCUGAGCAAACAAUGGACGAAAAAUUACAUCAGCCAGACUUGAAAAAAAGUACUAAAGUAAAGCGAAAAAAUAGUCCCCUCGAUGAAGAGAUACACAAUGAUUCAAAACUUUUACAUAAUGAAUAUGAGAUAAAAAAAAAAAAAAAAAAAAAAAAAAAAAAAGCUAAAUUACUACCUUUUGUAAAAGAUGAAACAAAAAGCAGCGAUGAAAGUGCAGAAAGUUAUGAAACAUACGAAGAAAAUGAAAAAGGUGAAAUUAUAAAACACGGAAAUGAUAAGAAACACAAAGAAAAUGAGGAAACAGAAGUUCUCGUUAAAAUUUUGAACAUUAUCAUAACAAAAAAUAAAAUUAAGAAUAUUAUAAGGAAAUAUUUUGAAAAUGGAUUUGUAAAUUUUGUCAGUUCAAGUAUGAUAAGAUAUAUUAUAAGAAAAGCAAAAAAAAAAAUAAACAUUCUUACUGUAGAAUCAUUUCUAGUUAAAAAUGUUGAUAUUAACAAUUUAGAAAGCACUAUUAUUACUAAUAAAAAGGUUGAAUCAUUCAGGGAUUAUGUUUUUUCUCGACAAAAAAUAAAAACCAUUGAAAACGCUUUAGUGCAAAUAUGUAAAAUAUUACCUGAAGAUUUUAAUAAAGAAAAUUUUCAUAAAGAGUUUGAAAUAACUCAAUUUGAAUACCUAAGAUGUAUAGAAGUAUUAUGUACAUAUUUGCUAAAGAAAAAUGAUGAAAAUACAAAUGCUUAUAAAAAAUAUAAAACUAUGGAUGUAUUUGUUAAGCAAAUUUUGUACAAAUAUAUGAAUCAAUCUUCUGAUGAUGAAAAUGUAAUGAAGAAAGAGGAUAAUAAAGGCAAAAAAAAUAAAAAAAAAAUAAAAAAAGACAAAGGAGAUGAAAAUAAAGAUACCAUUAGCUUUAUAAAUAAUACCAAAGAAAACACAAAAGAAGACGAAACAUACGAAUUCAAAGAAAACAAAAAUGAGAAUGAAGAUACUAUUUUAUAUAAUCUAAAAACAUUGAAUACUAAGAAAGAAAAAACAAAUAUAUGUUCAAAUAUAAGAAAUUCACCACUCGAUGAAAAAGCGGAAAUAAAAAAUAAUUAUAGUAGUUUAGAAAUUUUGAAAAUUAUAGAUAAUAAAUUUAAGAAGAGAGAUUUAGAAAUUAGUAGCUUAAAAAAAUCUAUUGAAUCAAUUGGAAGUAAUAUUAAGUUAUUGUUGCAAUUUAAUGAAAAUUCGAAUGUAAAUAUAAACAUGUUGAAAUCCGUAAGUCUAGAUAAAAAUAAUAUUCACAAAAAUUUAGAAGGCAUUUCAAAUGAAAUGUAUAAAACAGAAGAUAGUCAUGUUUGGUCCCAAAAUUCGAUUGAAGGAAUUUCAACAUAUCAAAAUAAUACUCAAUUAGAAGAAAAGACAAAAUCGUUGAAAAUAAAUAAAAAUCAUACCUCUAAAAAUAUUAAAGAUGGGAAUAAUAGUAAUAUUAUGAUGAAUGACAAAAAGGAAAUGAAUGAAUAUAAUAAUUUUUCUCAAACCAAUAUAUUAAUAGGAAAUGAAAAUAAGGAUACAAAUCGCAAAAUCGAAAAGCUUUUAAUUCCCAAUUUUACAGAAGAAAUUUCCAAUGUAAAAGGAAAAAGUGAAUUAGAAAAAUUUAAAGAAAAUGCAUAUAAAUUUAUUAAAUUAAUAAAUUCUAAUACUGAUUUUGAAAAAAAUAUGAAUGAAAAUGAUAAAGGGAAAUUAAAUAUUAUUUUAAAUACUAUAAACAUAGAAUUUGAAAAACUUUUUAUAAUGAUGACUGAUAAAAAGUUUAGUGUAAAACAAAAUGAUAAAUCUAUAUAUACAUUAAAUAAUGAUAAUAGAAAAUUAAAAGAUCAAGGAGUUGAUAAUAAUGUAUCGGGAAUAAAUAUAUCUGUAUCCCAACCUGAUUUGGUUGAAUUUAACGAGUUAAAAGAUAUAAUAAAAAAGAAAAAGAAAAAAAAAUCAAAGAAGGGAAAUAAAGAAAUAAAAGACGUGGAAAUUCUUAAUAAUGAUUCAAACAAAAAAUCUAUAACUCCUAAUGAAUUAUUAUGCUUACAGGAUGGUCAAAUUAACUUCCAAAAAAAAAAGAAAAAUGAUGAUUCUAAGAAAUUAUUAGAAACUAAUAAUUUAAUAGAGCAUGAUACAAAGAUCGAAUUAUAUAAAAAUCAAAUGGGAAAUAAAAAGGGAGGUGGCAUUUUAGAUAGCUUAAAUUUUUAUAUGAAAACAGAAACUAUGCAUAGUUUAGAUGACAGUAUUAAAAGAGAAGAUAUCGAAUUGAGCAAAAGUGAAGAUAACGACUUAUUAUUUAAAAAUGAAAAUGAUAAAAAAAAAAAAAAAAAUUAUUUUCAAGAAUAUAUGAACCAUUGCAAUAAAAAUGUAAAAGGAAAAAAAACGAAUUCUGAUAAUUGUAACAAACCCAACUCUGAUGAAAGUAUAAAAAAAGAUAAAAAAGGAAAUUUAUACAAUUAUUAUGAAAAUUAUAACAAAGCCGAUUUAUGUAGCCAACUUACAAAUGAAAUAAUAAAUUUAGCAAAAGAAAAAACAAACUUAGAAAUAAGUCAAACAUUAGAAAUGUUUAAUGAUAGCAAAAAAUUAGAACCAAUAUUAUUUACUAACAAAGUAAGUAGUGAUAAUACUACUGCGGCGAGUGUUAAGAUUAGCGAAAUGAAAUAUGAUAAAGUUAAUCAGGAUGAAGAUUUAAGUUUGAAAAAAAAUAUAGAGAUAGAAAAGGAAAAGGGAAAAGAAAAAAAAAGUAAAAAUAAAACAAAAAAUAAAAAAGAAUCCAAAGAAACAAAGGAAAAACAUGUUUAUAAUAAUAAUGAAUAUAUUUUAAAUGACGAAAAUGACAAAAUAAGUGGAAGCUCAACAGAAAGUGGUGAUAGCGUAGUUUACAAUUAUAAUAUAUAUGAUGCGAUUUAUGAUAUGAACGAGCAAUUUUCAAAUGUAGUUAAAAGUAUACACAUGGAUCAAAAUAUUACCAAAGUUGAAGUAAUAAAUGAGAAUGAAAAUGAAAAAAGAAAAGAUGUUAUUAUCGAAAAAAAAUAUAAAAAGAAGAAAGAAAAAGGGAAAAAAAAGAAAAAGGAACGGAAAAGGAAAAGAAAAGAUGAUAUAAAAAAGAAGAAAAAAGAAUCACGUGAAGAAAAAAAAAGACUUAAAAGGGAACAAAUGAAAAAAGAAAAGAAAAAGGAAAAGAAAAAAGAAGAAACCGCUAAAGAAAAAAAAGGAACCGAUAAAGAAAAAGAAGAAACCAUUAAAAAAAAAGUAGAUAAUACUCAAAGCGAUGCAUUAUUAAAAAAGAAAAAAAAAAAAAAAAAAAAUUCUAAAGACAAACUAAAAAAUAGUGACUACAAUUUUAUUGACAUUGGAUCAAAUGAAGAGAAAAAGAAAUUGUUGAAUAGGAAAAUGUGUAUAUAUGAUGAGUAUAUAACUCAAGAAAAAGCUAUCAAGGGUAUCAUCAGCAAGAAAUAUAUUCGGGGCAUAAUAAACAUUCGAAAAUUAGAAUACGGGUAUAUCAUUCACGAAGAAGAAAAAAUUCACAUAGAAUCAAAAGAAGAUUUGAACAGAGCAAUUGAUGGAGAUGCUGUUGUUGUAAAAUUAAAAAAUAUAAAUGAUAAUAAAGAUAUAGUUAAAUCUAAUAAAAUUACUGGAAAAGUUGUAUAUAUUGAAGAACACUAUGGAUCAACUAUACAAUAUGUAUGCAUAUUUCGAGAUAAAGUAAAAGAUAGAAAAUAUAAUGUGGCUAUUCCAUUUAAAAAAAACAUUCCAUUAAUUCAAGUUCGAAAUAACCAUAUUAAGGAAUUUAUGAAAAAAUAUAAUAUUGAUGAUAUAAGUAAUCAAUUGAUAUAUAUAAAAAUUUUUCAAUGGAGUCCUACUGAAAAAUUUCCAGAAGGAAAAAUUAUUGAAAUUUUAGGGCAAAAUGAUAUUUUCCAUAAUAUGCAAAAUGCAAUAUUAUUAAAUCAUAGUUUAAAUUUUAAUUUAAAAGAUGCAUUAGAGGAUCAGUAUUUAAAAGAUUUAAAAAAUAAAGAUAAUUAUAUAAAUAUAAUAACAGACGAAUUAAAAAAAAGAAUGGAUCUAAGACAAGAAUGUGUAUUUACCAUUGAUCCAGAAACAGCUAAAGAUUUAGAUGAUGCUAUUAAUAUUUGUAAAAUUAACAAAAAAAUUAUUAUGAAUUCAAAUUAUUAUAUUAAAAUUAUGCAUAAUUUAAUGUGCCAUAAUGGAGAAAUUGAUGAAACACUUUUAGAACAAAAUUUAUCCCUUUUUGUAAACAACGAUAAAGAAUUUUUUUCGAAAUUAAAACAAAAUGAAUAUAUUAAAGAAAUUGAAAAUAUUAAACAUGAAAAUUUUAUGAAAGAAAAAAUAACAAAUGCUAAUGAGAAUCAAAAGGUAUUCGAAAUAGACAACUAUGUAGAUGAUAAAGUAACCAGGCAAAUAGAAGGAAUAGAGAAAAAUUUAACAAGAAAACAACAAAUUGAAAAAUAUAAAAAAAUGGUCAUAGAGAGAAAAGGCUUUACUAAUGAUGAAGAUUAUUAUGCUAGUAUAAAAAAUGAAAAAAUGUUAAAAAGAAAAAAUGGAGAAGAUUCUCAUAAGAAAAAAAAACUAAAGAAAACAGAAAAAAAAAAAAUCCAAAAUAAUACGGGUAUAGCAUCCAAUACUGAUAUAGAAACAAUCAUAUAUGAUAAUUGUAAAACAAAUAAGAAAUUUGUUAAUUUUAAUACCAACAAAUUUGAUAAAACAAUGAUGAAUAAUGAUUUCAAACAAGUUAGAAACAUAAAAAACCUUAAUAACAAUUCUAGAAGCAACAGUAAUAAUGAAGAAAAUCUCGAUGAGUACAGUCAGUUUACUAAAAAAAACAAAUCUAUUACUAUACAAGAAGAAAAAAAUAAAAAUUUAAAUAAUAUGGAUGACAAUUUUAAUAUUCAAAAAUUGAAGAAAUAUAAUAAUAAAGAAAAAAAUAUUUACAAAGAAAAAUUUGAAAAAUCAUUUUUGGACAUUUCGUCUAAUCAGGGAAAUAAUAGUAACGAAAGUGAAAAUGGUGAAUUUUUUGAUAAAAAAAAUGAUUUUAAUUUGUUUGUUAAAGAUGGAAAUAAUGAUUUUUCUUAUUUAAAUAAUACUGUAAAUAAAGAUUGGAAUACGAAUAAAAUUAGCACUCAAAUUAUUGGUGUUAAGAAAAUCUCAAAUAAUGAAUUUUUUUCCAAUGCAACAAGUCGAUGGAAUGAUGAUACUAGCCAAAGUAGUAUUAAUGAUAUCGGAAUGAAUGAAGAAAAUUUUGAAAUAGGAAAAGUAAAUACAGUUGGGAAAGGUUUGAAAUUUUAUAACACAUCUAUGCAUAGUAAAAACAUUGAAUGUUUAUCUAAUAUCUCAAAUAACGAUGGGAAUAAUAAUGAUAGUAAAAAAGGAAAAGGAAAAAAUAAAUAUGCCUACAUUUUCAAACAAAAUCGAAAUAAAGAUAUUGGAUCAGAAUUAUAUAAAGAUACUGACAAUUAUUGUGCAAAAUGUAAAAAAUAUAUAACAAUAGAUGAUAUAAUUAAAAGUAUGAAUUCUGAAAAAUGGAGAAAAUAUAAUUUAUAUGAAGUAGGUGUGCAUAUAACUGAUGUAUCAUUCUUUGUUAAAGAAAGCACAUCCCUUGAUAUAGAUGCUCGUAACAGAGCCAUGACGAUAUAUUUAACACAUACAUGCUUUCCAAUGUUAUCAAGAAUAUUGAGUGAAAAUUUAUGUAGUUUAGAUCCUAUAAACAAUCGUUUAUGUUUAUCAGUAUUUUUUUAUAUGGAUAAUUCUGGAAAAAUCGACCACAACACUUUUUUUAUUAAAGAAACUGUAAUAGAAAGCAAAGUAAAAUUUACUUAUGAAGAAGUUCAUUCAAUUGUUAGUGGUUAUGUGCAAUUAAAAAAAAUAAUAAAUAAAUUGAAAAAAGACGAAAAAGAUGCAUUUUUUUCGAGAAAUACAAAUCGUGAACAAUCUGAUAAAAUUUCUCAAGAUCCCGUAGAAGUUAGAAAAGUUGGUAGUAUUGUAAGUAAUUUUUCUAAAAUGGAAAAUGAUAAUAGACUUGUAAAAAAUGAGCAUAAUGAGGAAUUUAUUAAAAAUAGUAGUAGUAAUGAUGAUAUUAAUUUGUUCGAUUUUAAUGAAAAAAAAAAAAAUUAUUUGGAUAAAACAUCUACAAACUGUGAUAAUAAUGAAAAACAAACAACGAAAAAAAAAGAUACCAAUAAUAAUGAGAAAAAAAGUAAUAGCCUUUAUAAAAGGUUUUUAAAUCUCCAUUUUUAUUCCAAAAAAAAGAAUCAAAGUGUUGUAGAUGUAGAUUCAGAUAGCGAAAAAGAUUUACCCUUUUCUCCUUCCUCAAUUACAAAUAUGAUAAUUGACAAGAAUCAUAAUACUACUACUACUACUACUACUACUACUACUACUACUACUACUAAUAAUAAUAAUAAUAAUAAUAAUAAUAAUAAUAAUAAUAAUAAUAAUAAACAAAAGGAUUUAGAAACACCUUUUGAAAGCGAUAUUAUCAUCGAAAAUAAAGGAAAGGAAAUGUAUAGCUCGAGUUUUAACUUUGAAGAAGAAACAAAUGUCAAGAAAAAAAAUGGGGGUAUCGUCAUGAGAAAAUCAGACCGAAAUAGAAUAAAUGAAAAAGUUUUAGAAAAUGAACAAGUAAGAAAAGGAAUAGAAGGAAUUAUAAAAAUAUUCAAAAAUCUAAACAAUAAAAAACAUAAAUUAUCACAAAAAGAGAUAAUUAAUAUUACAAAAAUGUUAUAUGAUAUGUAUAAAAUAACUAAAGGUGCACGAAGUAUUAGAAGAAAAAAUGGAUCAUUGUUAUUUAAUAAUGAUAAAAUAAAUUUUGUAUUAUCAAAUUCUUGUAGUCCAUUAGGAAUAGUAAAAAAAAAAAAUACAUUUGCAAAUUAUAUGAUUGAAGAAUUAAUGUUAAGUGCUAAUAAAUUAGUAGCAAUACGUCAAUAUUUUAGUAAGUAUCGAGAUGUAUCUAUUUUUCGGUCCCAUAAUUCAAGUGAUUCUCUUAAUGUUUCUGAUAUAAUUGAAUUAUUAAAAAAACAUGGAAUAUAUUUUAAAGUUAAUAGUUUAGCACAUAUAUUACAAUUUUUAGAUGAAAAAAAAAAUAAUUUUAAAAAAAAUAAAGAAAAAACAAGUAUUUUUGAAACUGUUUGUGCAUUUGUUAAAAAAAAAAUGGUUCGAGCCGAAUAUCAUACAUAUAAAUAUAUAAAAGAUAAUGAUAUGAGUACAUACCAUUAUGCUUUGUCUUUUCUUUUAUAUACUCAUUUUACAUCUCCUAUUAGAAGAUAUCCAGAUAUUCUUGUCCAUCGUAUUAUUAAAAGAAUUAUUAAUGAUGAAAAUCAAUUAAAAGAAAAAUUAUGUACAAGUCAGGAAAUUCUGAGUAUUGUCGAAACACCUAAUGUGGGUAUAAUUGAAAACAUUUGUGAAAAUUGUAACAAAUGUAAGGCAAGGUCAAAGAAAGCACAAAUGGAUUGCGAAAUUGCAUUUCUUUGUUUGUACUUACAAAAACACGAAACCCCUGGAUAUAAUCGAGGAAUAAUUAUGGAUAUACAAAAAGACCGAGCCUCGAUAUUUUUCAAAUCCUUUUCUUUUGAAAAUACUUUAUUUUUUACGGGAACUGACAAACAUCAUCACAAAAUAAACAAGGCGCAUUUGAAAUAUUUGUGCAACUAUACUAUUCAAGCAAAUGUAAACAAAGAAGAGUUCACACUUAUAGUUUAUAAGCAAGAUGCAAAAACAGUAAAAGUGCGAAAAGUGUAUAAGCGAUUCGAUUAUAUCCCCUUAUAUCUUUUCCCGUUGAAUUCAAUGCCACCUUCGUUUUUCUUGGCCGUUGCUUUUUCAAAUAAAUAA